AAUAAAGGUUCAAUUUGAAACUUCGAUAAAAUUUCUAAAUAAAAUAAAUAAAAAAAAAAACCUAUAUUACAUGCACAUGUAUAUUACAUGCGCACGCAAGUGUCUAAUGUUCGUUCAAAAUUGAGUAAUUUUGCUAAACGUGUAAACGUCAAAUCUACAAUACCGAUAAAGCUCUAUGUAGCUUUGCGAAGCGCUUCGCGCAAUCUUGGAAUAAAUAUCGUGAUUUAAUUCAAUUUGAUUAAAUGGUGUCGUACACGCGAUUUCUUUGAUAGAUUCGAUCUCGACAAAUGGCAUAUGAUGGCAUACAACGCAUACAACAUUUACGCGCAUUGCAGUAUGGAGUAAUGUGGACGUGAUGUACGGUCUCACAGAGAUGGAUACGUUUUAUUAAAUAGAUUGCUUGUGACAUUAACACGAUGGAGAAUACUAGUGAUAAAUUUUUUUAUGUAUACAGUUCUUCGUUAGAUACCAGGAUACAAGUUAAGAUAGGUACAUUAGAGGGUAAAAGACACAGACCCGAGUACGACGAGCUACUUCUUGACCCUUUACUCAAAUACUCGGGUUUGUACGAGAGUGGUGGGAUUCGUGGAGAUCUAGCUGCAUCUCUGCAAGUAUGGGCUGGUAGUAGACCCUUAGCUCUGCCUGUACAUACAGCCUAUAAGCAUUUUACCACCCGCUGGAACUGGAACCAGUGGGUCUAUUUACCAAUUUCCUAUACGGAUUUGCCACGCGAUGCCCAAUUGUGCAUCACCCUGUAUGACUGUGCUGGACCUGGCAGACAACUUCCAGUAGGUGGUACAACUAUAUCGUUAUUUGGCAAACAUGGAGUGUAUCGACAAGGUAUGUUAGAUCUUAGAGUAUGGCCUGGAAUAGAGGCAGACGGUGGUGUUCCAACUAGUACCCCAGGAAAAGCUAGAGAUCAUGGGAAGGAGCAAAUGCAGAGGCUUGCAAAACUUGUUAAAAAACAUAGAAAUGGGCAAAUAAACAAGAUUGAUUGGCUGGACAGAUUAACUUUUAGAGAAAUUGAAUUAAUCAAUGAAAGGGAGAAAAGAGCAUCGGAAUACCUGUAUCUGACGGUUGAAUUUCCUGAAGUAACAAUGGAUGGAGUACCGUAUUCAAUUGUAUAUUAUGAAAAAGAUGGUGACGAGGUUUUUCAACACAGGCUGCAACCAGAUGUUGUGACACUACCUGAUUAUGAAAUUUUACAGGAGAAUCUUGUGGAAGCAAAACAUCAUAAAUUGGCGCGCAGUUUACGCAGUGGUGGUAAUACCCGCGAAUUAAAACCUACCUCGACCGUGCGGGAUGCCUUAAACACAAUAUUGGGAUAUCCCCCGACCACGGCGCUUUCUACCGAGGAACAGGAUUUGAUUUGGAAGUAUAGAUUUUAUUUAUCUAGUCAAAAGAAAGCAUUAACUAAGUUUGUAAAGUGCGUUAACUGGAAAGUCGCUGGUGAAGAACGUCAAGCUUUGGAGAUGCUAGCUUUAUGGGCUCCACCGGAUUCUGAGGACGCUUUAGAAUUGCUGGGACCUGCAUUCACUCAUCCAGCUAUUAGAAGAUAUGCAAUUAGUAGGCUCAACCAAGCUCCUGACGAUGAUCUAAUGUUGUACCUGUUGCAAUUGGUGCAGGCGUUAAAAUACGAAGACUUUGAAAGUAUUAAGAUUGCUCAUCAAGCCAUGUUGAAGGAGAAGGAGGAAAGAGUAGAAUCAAAAAAUUGGAGCACUGAAAAAUUGGAGAAAGCAGAAAGAACCGAAAAAUUAGAUAAAGAGGUGAAAAAUAGCGAUUCUACAUCUACUCCGGUUACGACUUCUAGCGAAUCGGAGAGUCAAUUGUCGGCGAGCCAAGAACCGCUUAUGGAUCUAGCGUCGUUUCUGAUUACUCGUGCUUGUCAGAACUCGAUGCUGGCCAAUUAUUUCUAUUGGUAUCUUUCUAUUGAAUGCGAGGAUCAAACUGAUCCCGCGAUAAGCGCUAAACAAGAUACACGAGUUAGGGAAAUGUAUGUUACCGUAAUGAAAAUGUUUUCCAUGAUGUUAGCGCAAGGAAAUACCAUCUGGCAAAAGAGAAGAGCGUUCCUCUUACGGCAGAAGGUGUUUAUCGACCAAUUGGUAUUUUUAGUAAAAGCGGUCGCACGAGAAAGCGGAAAUCGGAAGAAAAAAACUGACAGAUUGAGAGCGUUAUUGACGGAUCCAGAUCCGACCUUUAAAAUUAAUUUUUCGAAUUUCGAGCCGAUACCUUUUCCUUUGGAUCCUGAAAUUUGUAUCAAGGGAAUUAUUCCAGAAAAGGCGAGCCUCUUCAAAUCUGCGCUCAUGCCAUCGAAACUUACAUUCUUAACAACAGAUAAUACCGAAUAUAUUGCCAUCUUUAAACACGGAGACGAUUUACGACAAGAUCAAUUAAUUUUACAAACAAUAGCACUUAUGGAUAAAUUAUUAAGAAGGGAAAAUCUAGAUUUGAAACUAACUCCGUAUAGGGUGCUGGCAACAAGCACUAAGCAUGGUUUUGUACAAUUUAUCGAAUCCACAACGGUUGCGGAGGUCUUAGCUAGCGAAGGUUCGAUAUUGAAUUUUUUUCGAAAACAUCAUCCCUCUGAAACUGGACCUUAUGGAGUGGUACCCGAAGUCAUGGAUACUUAUGUUCGUAGUUGUGCUGGUUAUUGCAUAAUUACGUAUGUACUGGGUGUCGGCGAUCGCCACUUGGAUAAUUUACUUCUUACAGCAUCAGGCAAACUUUUCCAUAUCGAUUUUGGCUAUAUUUUGGGUAGAGAUCCGAAACCUUUGCCUCCUCCGAUGAAACUCAGCAAAGAGAUGGUCGAAGCUAUGGGCGGCGUUGGUUCUGAACAUUAUCACGAAUUCCGAAAACAAUGUUACACGGCAUUUCUACAUUUACGUAGACACGCUAAUUUGAUAUUGAAUCUGUUUUCGUUGAUGGUAGAUGCCAGCGUGCCUGAUAUCGCCCUGGAACCGGAUAAAGCUGUAAAGAAAGUCCAGGACAAAUUGCGAUUAGAUUUGAGCGAUGAAGAAGCUGUGCACUAUGUGCAUAAUCUUUUAGAUUUGUCGGUCACUGCCGUGAUGGCUGUGCUGGUAGAACAACUUCACAAAUUCGCACAAUAUUGGAGAAAGUAAUAAAAUGUAAAUGAUGUACAGCGAAAUUAUACAAAUUGUGUUCCUUUUAAAUACUAAGUUAUCAUAUUGUAUAUAAAACGACCACAACGUGUUUAUAAAAUAUCAAUAUAAUUUAUUGUACUUUGGGGAUAUUUUAAGUAAUAAAUCUUUGUGAUAAGAAUGAU